AUGUCUGAACUUGUUCGAGAGAUUUCCAGGAAGAAUGCUGCAGCAAUUCGCAAUGCUGUAAGACUUGAAAAAUUAAAACAACUCCAGAAACUGGCAGAUAACAUUAAUAUGGAAGAUGAAGACAGAAAGGAAAUAUUAAAACGAAAAAAUAAAUUAAAAGCUGUUUACAGACAUAAUGCUGCCUUGGAAAGACUGCAUGAUAGCCAAGUGAGAAAGUAUGUUCAUGACAAUAAACACAUCAUUGCAAGGAAAGCUGCUUUAGAAAAAGAGAAAGACCGUGCUGCUCAGAUAGCUUCUCUGCCAAAGCCAUCUCAAGGAAUCCUACAAGCUGUUCAGCAGAAGGUGUGUCCUGUCAGUAUAAGAAAUGAGAAUAUGAAUCAAGAUGAAAUCUAUUAUCCAGUAACAACAAUGGUGAAAAGGCACCACAAUGAAUCGGUAGAAGAUGGUCGAAAGGCAGCCUUGAUUCAAGAAGAAAGACUUGAUGAGCAACUCCAUCAUGCAAGAUCUCUGGCUGUGGAACGAGAACAGGUGGCACAAAUCCGUUUCAAAAAGGCUAUAGACAAGGAAUUACUUAACAGGAAACAAGUCUUCCUACCACCUUAUAAAAGAGCGGAAGCACUUCAAGACAAGCAAAGAAUUAUGGAAGAAGAGUUUGAACAAUUCUAUGUUGGAGAUCAAAUGGAAAUUUCUGAUAGUUUAACUGAAGUAUUAAGUAACAUGGAAAGAGUUGAAAGACGACAAGGAAGUCUCUUAGAUGAAACCAGUUCUGCAACAAUGCCUGUGGCUAAUGUAGUACAAAAGAUGGAACAAAUCCAGAAACACCUGCAACAAAUUUCUCUGACUGAAGAUGACACCCACCAGGAAGUUUUAGCCAAACCUGAAGAGACCAAAGAUAUGGCCAGUGAAGACCCUUCAAGUUUUCAGCCACCCACAAUUGCAUUUCACCUCAAGAAACAAAUUACUGAAGUUCUGGAGCAGAAGAAAAGAAUUCAAGAGCAGAAGAAACAACUUGAAGAUCGGCUGCAACAAUUUGAUAAAACAUCACUAGGUGGCUACAUCUUUAAUCCACAUGGACUUCCAAGACCUUCCAGUGAUCUCUCAGAGGCCUUGGUUCACACUCCUGCAGAUAGUAGCAAUGAUAUAAGCCAGAAUGGAAGUAAAGCAGCAAGUAGUUCCUUUGCAACUUCUAGUCCACUUUUGUCAGAAGUAAAAGAUUUUGACACUAGUGUCCAGCCACCCACAGCCUUUACAGCAUCAAGAGGAAAUCUGAGUUCCGAGUUACAAGAGUCAAAUAACGAUAAAGUACCUCAGCCUAAAAGCUCAAAAACUUGGGCACAAAUUCUCUUGGAGAAGUCACAACUGAGAUCAGACUCGGACACUGAGACAAGUCCAAACAUUCUCCAAGUUUCAAAUGGUACUUACAAUUCCCAGAUGCCAUUGCCAGCAUCUGCUGAGAGUGAUUCCACAGUCCUGAGAAACUUUUUUUUUGAUACUACAGGAACACAAUUCAUUAACCCAAAAGCUAUCUCUCAGGAUGAUCAAAAGGCAAUGCAGUGCACAAUCCAAACCCAAAAAUUCCUCUCCCUGAAAGUAUCCAGUCAGAUGUCAUCAUCUCUUCCAUCAGCCAGUCCACUCGAUGGCAAAGACACAAUCAAACUGGAUCACUCUAUGAUCCCUGAACCUUUGCCACAAAAGUCUGCACUGAUAUUGCCUGUAAUCCAUGAUCAAUCCCAAAGCAACAAAUCUAGUCCAGUUUCUUCUGAAAAUCUCUCCUUAACUCAAUACUCUUACACCUCUCCAGAGAUUUGCAAUGAGGAAACUCUACCUGCACCUACAUGGAUUGAUGAUUACUUCACUGAAAAUAAGGAGGCAUUAAGAUAG